AAUUUAAAGAGAGAGAAGAGUGGUGGGAGAGUUUCAAGGGAGGGGACAUGCCUAAGUUCUUUCCAACAGAACAAUUCUUUGCUUCUUCUUCAUGCCUCAUCAGAUCCCAUAGUAGUUAAUCUUGGAGUGAGAGAAAAGAAUCUAUUUGUUGAUAAGGAUCUUCUGGGUUUUGCAUCAAAAUUCAAGGCACAAUUGAUGAAUUAGAUGGCCAUUCGGGUUCAAAACUUGCCAAAGAAAAAUAUUGAUGAAAGUUCUGUUCAUUCGCUAUCCCAUUUAUCUGUUAGUUGCCCACCAUGGUGGAAUUCAAAUGAACAGCAAAUUGCACAGACUUUACCCCAGAAUAUAACCUUGAAAGUGGAAACUCCCUCCCAACUGUAUCAUAAUGCAAAGCAUUUAGGUCUUCAACUACCAGACCAGGAAUCAUCAUCAGCUCAAGCAAUCGGUCAAUCUCAUCAUGAAGUGGGUGUCAUAGGAGUGACUAACUCUCAAUGCAAUUCAUCUGAAUCUGGUCAGGAUGAAAGUUGUGGGAAGGACAUUGAGGGUCAAAUGAAGCCAGUUUUCUUGCUUAACAAUCCAAACACUGUGUUCAGCCCUUCUCAUCCAAAUUAUAACCAUUCAAUGGCUUAUGCUCGAAAUCCUUAUGCUGAUGCUUACUUUGGUGGACUAUUUACUCCUUAUGGGCAACAGGCUAUCAUUCAGCCCCAGGUGGCAGGAAGUGCACCGACACGAAUUCCUCUGCCUCUUGAUCUUGACGAAGAUGGGCCCAUUUAUGUCAAUGCUAAACAAUAUCAUGGGAUUCUUAGGAGGAGGCAAUACCGUGCGAAGCUUGAGGCACAAAACAAACUUGUCAAAGCUCGAAAGCCAUACCUUCAUGAAUCUCGGCAUCUUCAUGCACUGAAUAGGGUUAGGGGAUCUGGAGGACGAUUUCUUCCCACCAAGAAGCUCCAACAGUGUGAUCCAACGUUCAACACAAGUUCCCAUUGCAUCUCUGAUACCAGCUGCUCAGACCAAAAGAAUAGUAGAUCAGAAUUUGAGAGCCGUUGCUCACACACAGCAGAAUACGUUGGUUCAAGUACAAGCUGCUCUGACAUCACAAGUGUCUCCAACAGUGAUGGCAAUUUCCAGCAGCCAGAACACAGAUUCUCAGACAUCUCUCCUCAUGUGGGCAGCCACAUGCGAAAUAGUGGUAGUAUGUGCAAUGGAAUACAACACUGCGCUUCGAUUGUCCGGUGAGAAGGGGCAGCGAAGACGGCAACUCAUCCUUGGCUUUAUCAAAUUAUCUUUCAUGCAUGUUGUGAAAAGUGUCUGAGAGAGACUGUAAACUGUCCUAAGAUCUCUUGUACGGUUCUGCCUCUUGCUUUUACAUUCUAGGAAUGACAGCUUUGUUGAAAAGAGUUUGGCUUGGAAUUUUAUUUCGAUGAUCCUUGACUUGGUUUUUACCUUUAA